UACAUUGUAAUUGCACGUUACGAAAUAUCAAAACGGUUUACGCGCGAUAAAAGACGAAAAUUGAAUCGUGUACAGUUUAUUUGCACAUAUCGUAGUACGUUUAUUUAUGUAGUGCGGUACCUGUGUGCGGGAUUCGGCGGGACUGCGAGGGACGCGUUACACCGGUGCUUCGACCACAGUUCGAGGAUACACCAGGGCCGUAACGCAUCGUUGUAAACAUUUCGAAUCGUGAAACAACACUAAUAGUCAAGGAGAUCUCAUAUGUGAACAUGAAUGUCGACGGAAACGUAGAACAUGUUGUUAACAGCCCUUUAGUUUUGAACUCUGAAGUGUGCGACCCAGGAAAAUGUCAAGUCGGUGAAAUGGAAGGCUUGUGCAUUAGCGGUGAAUCGUGUUUCAAACACGGCGGCCAGAUCGGAAACCCUUGCAACGGAUCGAGUAAUCUGUUUUGUUGUACAUUUUUAUUAACAUGCGGUGACGUCUCUAAUCAAAAAAUUACCUACUUGCAAUCCCCUGAUAAUCUGAAGACUGAUACUGGGAGUUUGGCAUGCGAUUACGAUUUGAUUGUGCAAAAAGAUACGUGUGCUGUUCGAGUGGAUUACGAAAAAGUGAAUCUCGCCAGUAAAAUAGGAGGAGUAUGCGAUAUCGAUCAGGUUUACAUUUUGAACUCCAACGACGGGCCAACAAGCGGUCAGUGCGGAGCAUUAAGCGGUUACAGUACCGUCGUCGCCGUGAAACCAAAUCAAGAAAAACCUUUGAAAAUAGCAAUAGUCGUGCAAAGCGAACCGGCCGAAUAUUGGUUGAUCAAAGUCUCGCAAAUAAGUUGUGCCGAAAUAAAACCAUUCAAAGAGUCGCCGGACUGCGGCAAGUCGUCCAUCGAACAGCCGUUGAACGACGGCCGCUUCGACGAGCCGCCGUCGCCGCACCUGACGCCGUCGUCGGGCACCGGCCACUGUGACGGCCGCACCGGUCCGGAUAGGCGACGGCUGCGUGGACACCAGAAGUCCGUCGAACACCAUACGGCUGCGGUACUGGGACGGUGGAGCCGCUCGGCACCGCCAACCACAGCGUUGAACGUUCGUGGCGGCCAUCGUCGCCGGACACCGGCCAAAGAACAGCGACCAGAGUUCCUAGACAGCGGCGGCAGUGGCGGCGGCGGCAGUACCAGUGGCGGCGAGAAUCGAAGAAUUAUCGGCGGCACCGACGCGGCCAUAGGCGAACACACGUGGCAGGUGGCCAUAGCUCUGAAUGGGCUGUUCUUCUGCGGCGGAGCGCUCAUCGACGACCAGUUCGUUAUCACCGCCGCCCACUGCGUCAUGACAAGGAACACGCCGAUGGACGACUUGACGAUACACCUGGGUGACUACGACCUGACCGCGGACAACGAGACAGAACACCAGGUGCGGAAAGUGUCGCGCGUGAUGUUCCACUCGCAUUUCCAUCCGUUCCUGUUGGACAACGAUAUCGCACUGCUGCGACUCGACCGGCCGGUCUUUGCCAGCAAGACCGUGCGUCCCGUCUGUUUGCCGUCCGCCGCCGCAGGCGGCUCGUACGUGGGCGAAAAGGGCACUGUCCUGGGAUGGGGCGUCACGUCGUUCCCAUUUGGCGACCCCAGCCCUACGCUGCAGAAAAUCGCCGUGGAAGUCUUGUCGAAUUUCCAGUGUUCCCGCGUCAUCGAAGAUCACGUAGGCCUGGGCAUGCUGUGCGCUGCCGCCCCGUCGCUGCAAGGGACGUGCUUUGGAGAUAGCGGUGGCCCUCUGACCGUGGAACGGGACACGGGACAGAAUGUUUUAAUCGGUCUUGUCAGUUACGGUGUGACGGGCUGCGCGGUAAAAUCGGCAUUUCCCGAUCUGUACACCAGAAUAUCCGAGUACACCAAAUGGAUUGACGUCAGCACAUCCUUGUAAACACUGGUAUGAUAUGAUCUAUCAUUGGUAAACGAAACUUUUAGCGUGAAACGUUAUUAGCGAUCACUUAUCUUGUACAUUCACCACCACCACCACCAACACCACCCAUAUUCGCUCUACGUAGUAUAAUUUGUUAUUAUAAUUUAGAGAUAAUUAAACUCCGCGCAAGACACGCGAAGAUACGUGAUAUUUUAAUCAUGUUCUAUACGUGUGUACUACUGCAGCUGUAUUCAUGCACGACGUUAGAUUAUUACAUUCCGAUUUCCCAUUAUGGUAAGUUAUAAUUUUCCAUUUCGACGAAAGCGCACCGCAGACGUCAUUAAUAAUUUAAGUCCUGUAGCAACAACACAAUAACUUAAUAUACGUACAACAGCGCCUAUCUAUGACUACUAUUUUCAGUAUUACUAUUAUUAUGAUUAUUAUUAUUAUUAUUAUUAUUACCCUACGAUGUAUUGUUUCGUAAGAGGCGACGACGUGUAUAUAACUGCAACAAAGUGUCGAAAACGUUGGACUAGUAAGGCGGUGUGUUCACGGCAAUACGAAUUCAUCGUGAACCUGUUUAUUCUCUGUAUGCGGAUUAAAAGUUUUAUAACAACGGUAACUGCACUUACGCUUUGUAUACUUACAUAACGUACACCCGCACGACAGUGAUGAGUGGAAGACAAUUUAUUAUUAUUAUUGUUUGGUUUGAGUUUGGUCGUCUAUUCGAUAUAAUAUUUUCCACGAAGUAACAAAUAUGUACAAACACGCUGUGUAACCGUGAUGAAAAAGUCUAAAUAAAAAAGAUCAAUAUUUGAAACGAUAACAUUACAAAUAUGGGUAUACUAUUAUUAAUUUUAUGAAAAAGAAAUUAUAUUUAUUAGGAAACGAUAUCGAGAAAACCUAUACUAUUUCUUAUUGUCACAAGCGCAAAUAUUGUUAGAGAUUUAAGAGGGUGCUUACAAAUGUACAAUAUUGUAUUAUAGUUAUCAUUUAUUUUUGGGAAAGCUAUAAAGUCUACAGAUUUCCAUAGUGUAAACCAUUUGGGAGAGGCUUAGCAUCCCUUUUGGUUCCUCAUCUUAUUUUCAACUAUACUUAUUGUUAUAUUUAUAAUUAAAUGAUUAAUUAAGUAAUAAAAUAUUUCGUUUUGUAAACUACUUCCAUAUAUGAACAUUGAUUAGCUUUAAUUUAAAUUAUUAGAUUAUAGUUUUGUAUAUUAGAAAUAA